GUGAAGAGAUGGGAAAACGAGACAAGAAACAGAGGCACCAACACAGAACCUCUCACAGAGCUGCCUUUCACUACACCGAACAAGGUGAAGAAGGUGUCAGUUUCGAAAGUCAUGCUGCUUCCAAGUUCACUAUUUCCGAGGAAGAAGAAGAAGAAGAAGAAGAAGAAGUGGAAGUAGAAGAAGAAGAAGAAAAAGACGAAGAUGGAGAAGAACAAGAAGUAGAGAUUGAAGAAACUGAUGAACACCCAUCAAACGAUAUCCCCUCAAAGUUUCUUCUUUAUCAACAAUCUGUACAGUCACCAAAAGGAGACAUAAGCUAUUUGCAGAAGUUCUUUUUGAUGUAUGUGGGUGGGAGGCAACCUCUCCAUCUUCUGGAAGAUUUUUGUGGCACUGCUCUUCUUAGUGCAGAAUGGCUCCGGACAGACUCGAGAAGGACUGCUGUAGGGUUGGAUCUGGAUGUAGAAGCGCUAGACUGGUGCAUGGAGAACAACAUAAAUAAAAUUGGGUCUGAUGGGUAUUCCAGAAUUUCCCUCUUCCAUGGGAAUGUCUUGCAACCUCUCGAGGCCAAGCUAAUUGAGUUUGAGCCCCCGGAGCUGAUGAAAAAUCUUUCGCUCACUCAAAAGACAGAUGGUUCUGAGAAUGGUGGACUUGAAUCUGUUCUCGGAUGGGGUUCUUUUUCUCCACAUAAUGUGAAGUACAUGAAGAACCAUCAGUUGCCUGCCAGGGACAUCGGGUGUGCUUUUAAUUACAGCUGUUGCUGUCUCCAUCAACGUGCUGAACUGGUUUUGUAUUUCAAGCAUGUUCUUGAUGUCUUGUCAAAGAAAGGCGGAAUAUUCGUAAUGGAUUUGUAUGGUGGUACAUCAUCAGAGUGCAAGCUAAGGCUUCAAAGAAAAUUUGCCAAUUUCACGGUACAAUACUUCUUUCUAUAUUCCCAUUACUUUUUGUCUUGUGCAGUAUUUUGGGAGCAAGCAGAAUUUGAUAUCAUUGAGCGCAAAACAAGGAUUAGUCUCCAUUUCCAUCCAAAAAAGCAGCAGAAGAAACUUCGACGUGCAUUUUCAUACAGCUGGAGGCUGUGGUCAUUGCCUGAGAUUAAAGAUUGCUUAAAAGAGGCAGGUUUUCAAUCUGUUCACUUUUGGUUGCGUGAGAUGCAAGACACCAGAGAAAUCAGAAAAACAGAAGGUUUCGGUGCUGGCCGAGACAUAAAAUAUGAAGAGGUUACCAAAUUUGAGCAACAAGAUGCUUGGAAUGCAUAUGUCGUAGCUGUUGCCUAGCUUCAUCUCAUCAAGUGCCAACUAUGCAACAAUUGAAGAGACUGGGGAAGGUCAUUUUGCAACUCUGCACUGGCUAGGAAAAACUUCCUUGAGGACUUGUUGCUGCGCACCCUUACUGGCAUCAUGGUUCCAGUCCAUAUAUGAUGGGUAUUUCUGUACAUGGCUAUCUCAAUGAUCAAAUCUAUUUAGUCGUGUAUUGGUGUCGCAUUUUUUUUUCACUAUAGUCCAGGAGUCGGCCACUAGUGAGGAAUACGAUUGUGCUAUACCUAAUGACCUCUUGAUUUAGUAGUUUUGAAUUUGACUUGGGGGAAGUCAGGUAGUCAUUCAUAUGUAACCCAACAACAACUCACAAUCCCAAAAGCACAUUUCAGAACAGUUUGCGACAAUUAAACACAAAACAUGCAUAUUAGAUACUGAUCGAGAAACCAUAUCCUCAUCAUCUUCAUCAAAUGCAGCAGCGCAGCAUGUCUUCCUAUUACAGAAUGUUACCUCAUCUGAUGCUGAACUUCGCAGUUUGAGUCAUUUGAACGGAGAAACAUGUUGUCGGGAAGGGAUGUUUUAACGCGAGGUGAUCCUUUUUUAAGCUGGUACUACUAGCAAUAUUGCAGUUUACACUCUUUCAACCACUUUUUUCCCAUAUGGAGGAUGCAGACUUCGGAGUUAGAAGACCUUUGCGACACAGAAGCUCAUGUCUGGACUCCUUCAGGAAAUCGCACUAUUCCUCUCACCUGAAAAUCACCAAUUGAUGACCAAUUGAUCGAUGUGUGCGGCAUUAGGACGACAGAGGCCGAAGCUAGAUUCACCUUUCCAAGAUAUCUUAUAUUUUGUGUCUUUGCACAUGAUCACAGCAGUUGCAAGCUUUUAAAGAGCGCAUUAUAUGAAUCAUUGGCAGCUCCCGGUGACCCGGUUGUUACUCGGAGAGAGAUUUGCUCGCAGAAAAUUGGUGACUAUUAAACGUGAAGAUUGGGACAAGGGGACAAUAAUAUUAGUGCUUUUCUUGUUCUUAUUUCAUAGUCUAGAUGACUAGAUGUGCCGUGUAAACACGGCUUGUUUUUAUAAAUUUUCAUAUGGUCGGUUAGGUAACGCCCGAAC